UAUAAUAGACACUUUACAAGAUUGAAGCAGUGAAGAAAGUGCCAACACAAGAGAACCAAAUGCUAAAGAGCUACACUCGACACUCAGUAAUUCCAGUGCAUUUAGGCUGCAAAACAGACCUGAAUUUGUCUCACUUACUGCUCCAGGUCCUUCUCUGGGAUGUAUCCCAGGCUGGUGCAGUUAUCAGGUAUCCAGUUCGGGUGGUGCUGAUGCCCAUCCACCACCGCUACCCAUCUGAGGCACUGCUGCUUUCAGUCAGCUUCAACAGUGAUGGCAGCAGGCUGGCGGUCACAUCCAAAGACAGACAGGUUCGAGUCCUGGACCCUCGGACAGGAAAGAUUUUACAAGUAUCGAGCAGUAACUCACACAAGGCCAACAAAGUUUUAUACAUCGUGGGGUUGAAGUUGCUUCUGUCCACUGGCAGCUCGCCUUGGAACCACCGGCAGAUCGUCCUGUGGGACCCUGAUGACUUAUCUGAGCCGUUAUAUGAAGAAGAUCUGGAUGGGUCUGCUGGAGUCCUCUUCCCAUUCUAUGACCCAGACACACACAUGCUGUAUCUGGCUGGAAAGGGUGAUGGAAACAUCCGAUACUAUGAGCUCAGUGCUGAAAAACCUUACAUCAGCUACCUGACUGAGUACAGGUCCCUACUCCCACAAAAAGGACUCGGGGUGAUGCCAAAGCGUGGCCUAGAUGUGAGCGCCUGUGAGAUUUUCCGGUUUUAUCGCCUGAUCGCCAUCAAAGAUCUGGUGGAACCGCUGUCCAUGAUUGUACCACGCAAAGAGUCAGGAAUUUUUCAAGAGGACCUGUACCCCAUGACAGCUGGAAACCAGGCAGCCAUGACUGCUCAGGAGUGGCUGUUGGGGGUCAACAAAGGCCCAGUGCUGAUGUCCCUGAAGCCUGAGACUCGAGUAGCCAACCCUUACCCAGAAACCCCAGGUGAGAAGGGGAUGGUGAGGCAGCUUAGCUCCCUCAGGUUCCAGAGGAGCCCGGCUGCAGUGACAGAGAUAGGCCAGGAGUUUGUAGAGGAGGCUUUCCUGGAGGAGCAGCUGUCCUAUCAGGAUGCCAAAUAUCCCAAAGAUCUGAGCGAUCUGUCGGGGUGGCAGCCAGACGAGACCCAGGUCCCACUGUGGACGUACUGCUGCACCCCGCACUGCUGCGAGCCUGCAGAGAGACCGCCACCAAUGACCGACAGUGAGCUACUUCAGGCAUUUUACAAGCAGCAGGACGAGAUUAGAGGGCUGAAGGAGGAGCUCCACCAGAAAGACAUGAAAAUUGCUCGGCUGGAGCAGGAUAUCAAAAACACCAGAAAGAACAUGAGGGCGACCUUCUGAUUCAGACCCUCCUGUGCAGGAGGAGCUUGCGUGACCCUCAGACAGCCGAGUUAUCCUCCACAGACUGGACUUUAUGGUGGAAGCCAUGACUCUUGUUCUCCUACAGCUCCUGAAAAUGGUUUAUUUGGGAGCAGAGACUAUUUUCCUUCAUAUUUCCUAAACUACCUGAAACACAACGGUCAUCACCUGAUAUAAGAAACCCAGCAUCUGGGUUGUUUCUUUAAUAAAAAAAGUAAAGUAUUACACAUUAGAGCAGAGCACAGUGUGUUGACAGGGCACAAAGCAUCCCAAUGGUUUAAAUUUCCUAUCAUCGUCAUCAGAUUUUAUCAGUCACAAGUGCAGUGACAUCAGGCAGCAGCCACACACCACCUCCUCUGGUGACUUUUACUGGUGCAAGCAGGUUGAAAAUAAUGGAAGAGAGAAGAGACACAGCAGGCACAAUAUUAGGACUUUUUUUUCUCUUGGAUGUCUUGUUAGUAGUUUGCGAAUUUACUUCAAGGGUAAUAUACACGUCCUUGUUGUUUUGGUAGGCCAAAAGGGUUAAAAUGCAUAAAUCAUAAAAAUCAUCAAACACCCAGACACGUCUGAGUGUGCAAAAAGUGUUGAAUGAAGUUUGGAACUUGACUGUAUAAAAAUGGUUGAUGUAGUCACCCAGUGUUUCUCGACUCCACUCUUUGAAGCCUCAGUGCACGUGUU